AUGGCCGCAGAGCUUCACGCACAGAUCGCGUCUAUCGUGGAGGUUCUGGCGAACGCCGCGGUGUCUGAGAUCUGUAAAGCCGUGGAGGACGGCUACACCGCGGUCAACCUGGAGAUGUCCCGUAGUGUCCGGGAGAACGAGUGUCUGCGGAGGAGGGUCCGGCUGCUGGAGCUCCAGGUGUCACGGUACCGAGCAGAGCAGCGGCUGAAGGCGACAGAGGCUCCGGGAACAGGGCGCCUCCUCCCCGGGGGAAGGGCUCUGCAGGCCCGGCUGAAUUCCAGGGAGACCCCCACCGGCUCCAGUCUUCAGAUCCGGUCCAAGUUUUUAAACCGACCUCGACAGAAGUGUACGGUGGAUCAGAACCAGGAAGUGGAUCAGAACCAGGAAGUGGAUCAGAACCAGGAAGUGGAUCAGAACCAGGAAGUGAAUCAGAACCAGGAAGUGGUCACCGCGGCGAAGACAGAGCCUCCAGAGCCCGAGGAAGACGGCGACAUCAUCAUUGUCAAAGUCGAGAGCAGCGACUCUCUCGGCAAAAGCGCCACCUCAGCGUCUUCGGACCAAACUUACGCAACCCAGGCCCAGUCCGGCAGCCAAUCAGAGGGCCAGGACUGUCUGGAAAACACCAGUUGGGAGUCGACAGAGCAGCUGGUCAAAUACGCAGAUGAUUUCCGGAAGACGUUUUUGGCCCAAGUCGACCCACUUCCUCGUCCCGUUUUUGAACCAAAGUUAAACAUUUCUCCAAGGCCAGAUUUUCCUGGACCUCCUGCUGCUCCCUCCUCUGACCCAGCCGCCAUUUUGGGGAAGUCUUUCUCUGAGAAAAGUCAAAUCUCGGGAUUUCUUCCAGUGUUGGAUUUCAGCUCGAUCCCAGACCAGAGUCUUGACUCUUCUCUGGAGCUGAUGAACCCGGUGAUGUCCACAGCCUCCACAGCUGCAGACUCUCUCCACUGCUGCUUAUUCUGCACCUCUACAUUUACCCACAAGUCCCAGCUCUUCGCCCACGAACGGGCUAACCACUCUGCCAAACCGUACCAGUGCGACCUGUGCCAGAAGCUCUUCUCCACCUUCUUCAACCUGAAAAAGCACCGGCUGCUGCACACAGGAGAGAAACCCUACGCCUGCACCCGCUGCGACAAGCGCUUCACCACCGGACACAACCUCAAAGUGCAUCAGACCGUCCACACCCGAGAGCGGAAGUUCACCUGCCAGGUCUGCGGAAAGGCCUACCCCUUCCACAGCGGCCUCAAGAGGCACUACAGCCUGCACGAGAGAGAUCAACCCCUCCCACAGCGGCCUCAAGAGGCACUACAGCCUACACGAGAGAGACUCUACAUCUUUUCUCCCCAUAAAAAAAACACGCUGACAGCUGCUCCAUCCACGCUCCCAGACCUUCUCCUCUCUCCUACCCGCCCUGUGAGCCUCCUGCCCCGGGUAGCAUCGCGCCAAACCCCCCCCCCCCCGUCUACGCUCACUCCCCGGAACCAGCAACACAACAAACAACAACCGCUGCUCGCUAUGAUGGCCGCGGAGUGCGUCGGGUUCCAGGCGCAGAUCGCGUCCGUGGUGGAGAUCCUGGCCAACUCCGCCGUGGCCGAGAUCUGCAAACUGGUGGAGGACGGGUACGCGGCGCUGCGCUCCCAGAUGGAGCAGGAGCGGCAGGAGAGCGACAAGGAGAACCAGGCUCUGCGGCAAAGACUGCGCCAGAUGGACGCGAGAGUGCGCAACUACGAGCGCAAGAUGAGGAGAAGGACCAGCGGCGGCGGUGGUGGUGGUCUGCGGGGGGGAGGGCUCACGCAGGCGGCUCUGCUCAGGCCCCAGGAGCAGUACCAGGACCAGGACCAGGAGCAGGACCAGGAGCAGGACCAGGAGCAGGACCAGGAGGAGAUGGUGGAGAUCUCUGAAGACCUGAUCGUCCCGGUAACCAUCGGCGACGACGGAAUGGCGCCUCAAGCUGACGCAGAGAUGAUGUUCGUUUAG